UACAUUAUAACAGACUUCAUGGGCAUCAGGAAUGAAAAUUUUAUGAAGGUGGCUGCAGUUGGGACUUGGAUGGGAGAUUUUGUCACAGCAUGGAUGGUCACUGAUAUGAUGCUUCAGGACAAACCCUACCCAGACUGGGGAAAGUCUGCCAGAGCAUUCUGGAAGAAAGGCAACAUUAGGAUCAUUUUAUUCUGGACAGUUCUGUUUACUCUGACCUCUGUAGUUGUGCUUGUCAUCACUACUGACUGGAUCAGCUGGGACAAGCUCAAUCGUGGAUUUCUGCCAAGUGAUGAAGUCUCCAGAGCCUUCUUGGCUUCUUUCAUCUUGGUGUUUGACCUUCUUAUUGUCAUGCAGGACUGGGAGUUUCCACAUUUUAUGGGUGAUUUUGAAGUGAAUCUUCCAGGCUUGCCAUCUGCACACAUGCAGUUCCAAGUACCUUAUUUACAAAAGAUCUUCAAAGAGGAAUAUCACAUUCAUGUAACAGGCAAAUGGUUUAACUAUGGAAUUAUCUUCCUUGUUUUAAUCUUGGAUCUCAAUAUGUGGAAGAACCAAAUAUUUUACAAACCACAUGAAUAUGGUCAGUAUAUUGGUCCUGGACAGAAGAUCUACACAGUGAAGGACUCAGAAAGCUUGAAAGACCUUAACAGAACUAAGUUAUCUUGGGAGUGGAGAUCCAAUAACACCAACCCAUUGACCAACCGGACCUAUGCCGAAGGAGACAUGUUCUUGCACAGCAGAUUCACAGGCUCUAGCCUUGAUGUCAAAUGUCUGGCCUUUAUUCCCAGUUUGCUGGCUUUUGCUUUGUUCGGUUUCUUCAUCUGGUUCUUUGGGCGAUUUCAGAAAACUGACCAAGGCAUGGAGAAUUUAGACAAAUCGUACACAAGAAUGAAACGAAAGUCACCGUCAGAUAUGGGAAUGACACGAGAAAAUACACAGGUGUUAGUAGAAGAACCAUUAAGUUUUCAAGAACCACAUCUCGUAUCCAUAAAAUCAGACUUAAGUGAAAUAGUUUUUAAUUCUUCUCUCCUGACUUCAGAAAACCUGAACGCACAACUGAAUGAACAAGAUAGCCCUUUACAGCCAGUACCAGAGUCCUCUGUCCCUAAGAGUAAUCCUGUGACAUAGAGGCAAAUACCCAGGAAAAUCAGUUUAAAUAAGCAGUUACUCUAAGAUUUCAGUUUUAUCUUUUGUAAGUUAAGAUUUACCUAGUGUUUAGAAUAAGAAACUCAACCUAUACCAAAAGGUGCUCAGCAUGCUUUUUCUAGAAAUUUUGGGUUUUUAUUUGUAUUAUAGUAUGUGCCUACUGUAUGUCUAACAUUCCUUUAUAGAUUGCUUCCCAAAAUUGCACAAGCUAUUUAUUAAU